CUCCUCACAUCUGAAAAGCGUAAAAAAAAUAAAUAACGCCCAUUGGCCCCUAUUUCUACGGAGAAAGUCGCGUGCAUAUCGUGCCUUGCUGGGAUGUUUUCACGAAUUAACUGUUCACUAUAGCGUGAUUCAGUCUUGCAUGCUGGUAUCUUAACAGUUUUUUGUUUCACAUUUUCUGCAACUGCUAAGAAAGAAACGUGUUUAUUCGGUUCUCGUCGGUUUGUUGUAGUGACUGCGAUAAGAUGUUCUACCCUUUGAACUUGCGUCAAUUUUAUUCGACCAAAGCCAGGAACCUGUUGAUGUGGUGAAUAAAUGAAUGAAGUGCUUCAUUGUGCAUAUCAUCCUGACCAUCUUACUGGUGGCUUGUACACUGAGCCACGUGUUUCAUGCGCAUGAGAUGUCCAAGGCUUACGACUUACUGCCCUUGGCUAUAAGGAUUAAUCUUGAUGAGCUCUACUUAGCACUGAUUUUUGGUUUUCUGAUCUGCUUUUCUUUCUUUGAAAGCGUUCGUUUGUUCUACAAAAUGAUCCUUACACAAAGAGGAGAGGAAGAAACCGACAACACUGCACAGAUGGCUCAGGGGCCUGGUAUUCAGUCUUCUGCAAUGUAACCCAAAGGUGCCAUUUGAACAAGGAAAGAAAACCUUUAUCUAGCUUAAGAGAUAUACCAGCGUGUUGAACCCAGUUAGCGUUAGAGAUGCCUGAAACGA